AUGACCGCCUCCAGCUUGCUUGAUCGCCUCAACCGAGACGGCUUCGUCGUCAUCCCUUCGAUCCUCACCGAAACCCAACUCAAAGACCUCCGGAGCGCGACCCAAAAUGCCACAGCGCUCGCCCGCGCCGGAAAAUGGCCGAACGUGCGGACGCUGCCCAAGCAGUUCCCGCCGUGGCCGGUCGCCACCCCGGAAUCACCCCCGGACGGCAUCUGGGGCGUCCAGGGGAUGAUGCACCCCGACAUGCCCAAUAACGCCGCAUUCAUCAAGACGUACUUUUCGGAUGCCGUGAUUGAGCCGACGAAACAGCUGCUGCAGUGCAACGAUGACGACCUGGUCAUGGAGCUUUUUAACUUGCUCAUACGGCCCGAUGUGGACUUUGAACUGCGCUGGCACAGAGAUGAUAUCCCUGCGACUGCUACCGCGGAGGAGGAACUGGAUCGGCUCAAUAAGCCGGCCUAUUCGGCGCAGUGGAACCUGGCUCUCUACGAUGAUAACAGUCUCAUCGUCGUCCCGGGCUCGCAUACCAGAGCCAGGACAGACAUCGAGCGCAACGCUGAUCCUUAUGAGAAGGAGAUUCCCGAGCAGUUAUACGUGGAGCUCAAAGCGGGCGACAUUGUCUUUUACAACAACAAUAUUCUGCAUCGCGGCGCAUACGUCGCGAACAAGGAACGCAUGACACUGCAUGGGAGUGCGGGACAUGUCAACGGGAGCACCCUCCGAGCCCGCAAUGUAUUGCAACACGGACUCAAGGGCUGGGUUGAUAAGGUCGAUCUGGGCGUGUUGGAUGAGAAGGAGAGGGCGAGGGCUGAGAACAUGCGGAGAAUGCUGGUUAAGCUGGGCCAGGAAGCGGGGGAAGUGGGAUAUUCCCUCGAGGGGUAG